AUGCGUGCACUUAAUGUUAAUUUGUUUCAACUUUCUGAUGAUUUGGUUAUAUAUAUGUGUGAUAUGAUUGCAUCGAAUUUAUUUUCAUUCUUGGCAAUCGAUGAUGAUAUAGUGUCAAAUACAAUUUCGGAAAUUCAUACUCGAUUUGUUGUUUCAUUACUUUUGACUUCAGACAAUUUACUAAAUUAUAAUAAUGAAAUACGACAAGUAGCAAUUACUGCUCUUAUAAAUUUAUUCGAGGUAUCUAAUAAAAAUGAAAUUCGUCAAGCAGUAGCGUAUGCUCUUGGCUAUGUUUGCGAUGAACUAACAUAUAAAAGUUUAUUUGAAAAAAUUAUAUUCGUAAUGAGCAGCGUAUGUGAUGAAACUUCUGCUUAUUCUAAUAAUAUUUUGAGUGUAUUAAUUUCAAGUUAUUGCCAUUGUGUAUCUAUAAACAAAGUUGCAUUUGAUCAAGAUGAUUUGAAUUUAUUUUGUAUUUUGUUAAGACAUGACUCUCAGGAUAUUUCAAAAGCAGCUUGUACAGAACUUGGCCGUGUUUUUCAAGAUACGCCAUUUUUACUUGGAAUGCUUGGUCUGGAUUAUGUGCAGUGCUACCAUACAUUGAUCGGAUCAACAGCAUUCUUAUAUCUUUAUGAUGUUCAACAAAAUCGUAAAAAUGCUAUCGCAAACAUACGUGGCUUUCCUAAUAGAGCACUACAGAUGGCAGACAUAGAUUUAUAUUUAGCCUAUGAAUAUCCUCCAUAUAUGAACAUUGUUAAUUUAAUCGCUAUACGUAUGCCAACAGUGUUUUGUGCUUUUAUCAAAGAUUGGUGUGAUGGAGAUAAUUUGAAACGUGCAUUGUUUUAUGCCAGUAAAUAAAAUAAUUUUCCACAGCGUGCUGCUUGUUUAACAAUUCUAUCAUUGUUGGGUGAGUUAACAGUCGAUUUAUGUGAGAUAUUCAUUGACUCUGUACAUGAUGAUCCACAUGUUCAAAAUACUUCUUUUAAAUGUAUAAUACGUAUUCAUUCUGUUCGAGAUGAUAAAGUUGUUUUGAAGUUUUUGUUAUCUUAUUUAAUAUCAAAAUCCAUGAAUGUUCAAUAUGUUACAGAUCAAAUAGUUUGUCAUCUUUCUCAAUCAUCUCUUAUUCUAUUUAAACAAGUUCAAACUAUAUUGAAUGAUCUUAUGUUAGAUCCUAGUUCAAAUGAAGAUCUAUGAUCAGUUAAAGAACAAGAUGAUCUCUGGGUAAAUCCAGUAGUGUCAAACUUGAAACUUGAAUUCAAUUAUUGAAAAGUUGUUUCAAAGUAUUCCAGUAUUCAAUCAUUACAUUAUUGCUUUUCGACCAGUCCCUUCGCCGCA